GCGGGGUCCUGCAGGAACUCUGCGGGGCGGAAGUCAGGCACUCAUUCGCUCGCAGGCGCGCGCGUUGCUGUUGUUGUGUCGAUAAGCUGAUUUGAACUCUUUCAUCGCUGUAUAUUAAUCGUUUUUGUGGAGAAAACGCGUUUAUUUCCUCCUCUAUGGCUCCUACUAUACAGACGCAGGCGCAGCGCGAGGACGGACACCGAAGUUCAGCACACAGAAGUGUCCCAGAGAGGUCUGGCGUCGUGUGCAGAGUGAAAUAUGGGAACAGUCUUCCGGAUAUCCCGUUUGAUCCGAAGUUCAUCACGUAUCCGUUCGACCAGCACAGGUUUGUGCAGUAUAAAGCCACAUCACUAGAGAAGCAACACAAACACGAGCUGCUCACCGAACCGGAUCUGGGCGUCACCAUCGACCUCAUCAACCCUGAUACAUACCGCAUCGACCCCAACAGUGAGAUCACACACACACACAA